UGGAGACUUCUGAGAGACUCCUCACAGCGAGCAAGCAAGGUUGCUUAUACGCUAAUAAAGGAGCCAGAUGGGGUCGCACGCUGAAAGGAGCUCGCAAGACGACUUCCCUCUAGCCUUCAAAUGCGGCCGCCGGCGGACCAGCUUUCCCCCGCCGAGCCAACUGGACCUCCCCACCCUAGUUACUCCAAAGGCAGCCACCGUCGCCGGAGCGCCGGCCCCGAAGGCUGAUGCCACCACAACUGGCAGCCAACCAGGUUGUGACACCUGGCAGAGCGUGGAGGCACCAGAGCCUAGCAUAGGCAAUUCUCUGCCCGUUGACGAGGGGUCCAGCCAGGAGCAUGUUGAGAGCACGCAGCUAGAAGAGAGGCCGGAGAGGACAUCGCUAGCAGCGAAGAGAAAGACCUUUUCAGGGGGUCCUGCCGCAGAUUGUAUGUCGGGUCCCCUAGAGGAUCAGGGGCACUUGGAACCGUUUCCGCCGAACGGUGUCAAGCGGCUCAGGGUAGGGCACGCCCUUCAGCUGCUUGACACCAACCUUCCGACGCUCCGCCCGGGGAGUGCUCUUUCCAAGGCAAACCCUUCAGAGCUUCCAGCGGCUAGCGCGUCAGAGGGGCCUGCUGAGGUCAGUGCCGAUGUCAGCGGACGUCGCGGGAAGGGCCGGAAGGGGGGAGUUCCUAAGGUGCCCGUAAAGGAGGAGGAUGGGGGCGAGUCGGACUCGAUUGCGGAGGAGGGGGGGCUGGCAUACUGUCGGAAGGAGAAGUCUCUUGGGCUGCUAUGUGACAACUUCAUGAGCAUGUACACAAGUGCCCAGUACGAGUUCGUGAUCCUCGACGACGCAGCAAGGAAACUAGGGGUUGAGAGGCGCCGCAUCUAUGACAUCGUCAAUGUUCUCGAAAGCAUGCAGGUGGUCGUUCGGAAGGCGAAGAACCGGUACACGUGGCACGGCCUUGACAAUCUGCCGUGCGCACUCGCUCAGAUGAAGGAGGAUGCGUUGCGGAAGGAGGGCGGGCUGGCGCAAGCGUCAGCAAUAGCGUCAGCGCUCAGUCGCGAGCGCUCGAUGGACCUUUGUGAGGACAUCCUCCCCGCCUCUCAGACGGACUCCUUCCACGGCUUUCCGGUCUCUCAACCGGAUUCCGUUCCCGGAAGCCUGGCCAGCAGCCGGAACACCACCCCGUGCAACAGUGACGACGAAGAGGCCGACGUGAGAGGGCCCCGGGGGGGCAAGGCCAAGAAAAGCGCAGGCGACAGCCGGCGCGAGAAGUCGCUGGGCGUGCUGACGCAGCGCUUCGUGGGCCUGUUCCUGACGUCACACACGGGCGUGCUGUCGCUGGACCACGCGGCGGAGGUCCUCCUCAGCGACUGCGACGCGACCGCCAAAACCAAGACCAAGGUUCGUCGCCUGUACGACAUCGCCAACAUCCUGGCCUCGAUGCGCCUCAUCGAAAAGAUCCAGGUUAACAAGGUCCGCAAACCCGCCUUCCGGUGGAUCUGCGCAAACUCCCGCAUCGCGCUCAACUCGCGCGCCGAUAACCUCAAGUGGUGCGUCCCCUUGCUACGCCCCGAAGAGCUCGCCGCGGGGGGGUCGAAACGCCCGGCGGACGACCCCCCUUCGGUGGAACCCGCAGAAAACGAGCUGCCGGCAAAACGGUUAAGGACGGGUUUGCAGAGGGUUAACGAGGAGGGCGUCGGGGCGCCGGGUGCGUUUGAGUGGGUUAGGUCGCUGACUGGAAGCGGUCGGGGGAUUGCCCCGGGGCAAAUGCCGGACCGCCCAGUUGCGGUGUACCCCUCGACCCAGUGGCCAAUCGCAAUCGCCCACGUGGCAGGUGGGAAGCACCCCGGGGAAGGCCCCCAGGUGCCGUUUGGGGGGAGCGAAAACGGCUGGCGAGAGUGGGGGGGAGAAAGAAUUGGGGCGGGGUACGGAGGUGUGUUGGGGCCGCCGGGCCCGGUAGGAAGCGGAGAACAGGGCGCUCGAAAGGCAGGGCAGGCCCUGUUGAGACAAGUGUCGGCGCCAGUUGCAGUGAAGAUCGAGACGGAUCGCCCUAUGACGGGGCCUGUCCUUAAAGCGAGCGGGUCGUGGCCAGUCUUAGGAGGGUUCCCGAGCACGGAGUUUUUCGGUUUGCCACUGACGGGGGGACCUUUGGCCCGCUCCGCGACCCCCCCUCUGCAAACCACGUCGCCGGAAGCGCCUAUUAACACCGGGCCGGUCGAGGGGCUCCGCUCAAGCCACGAGGAAAGCUUGCAACGCUCUCCGGUGACAAAGUGCGCAAUGACUGGCGCAAACCCGCCCCAAAUCCACUCCCUAACCGACCCUGAAACCGGAGCUCGUUCACCUUCGCCCUCGCCCUCCCCAACAGAGGGAUCGCCCCCGACGACGCUCCGGUGUGAAAAGGCCCCAGCGCGCAAGCUGCGCCACAUUCUGCCCCGGACGCCUGCCACGUCAGCGCACGCGGCUGCCACGUCAUCCCCCGGGCUAGCGAUCCCGUCGGCCGACACGUGGCUCACCCCGAACGCGAAACCCCUCCCAGACACCCCUUUGUUCGCGGGGCUUUUCGGCGGGCAGUGUGAAAACCCCUCCGGUGUGAACGCCGUCAACCCUGCGUACGUCCAGUACAUGGCAGCCUGCCACGCGCUGUACCAGCAGUUUGCGGCCCCUGUUCACACCCUUCCCGCCGCGGCGCCCGUUCACACCGCGGCUCCUGUUCACACCCAGGCGCCCAAUUACGCGGCGGUGCCGAACUACGCAUCCGUGCCCGUUCACACUCCUUCCUCGUACGCCACUAGCCCACUGGGCGCCGCCCGCUCGGGUGGUGUGAAUAGCUUCCCUGCCCCGGUCGUCUCGCCAAACCGCGCAGCGGCUGCUACAAACCAGUUCGGGAUGCACUCCCUUCAGGGCCCCGUUUUGCCAGGAGUUGCCGUUCCCUCGCCCAUGAACGCCCGGCUAUUAACUCCCCCCGCGCAAAAGCAAGGCCCUGGCAGAGCCAUCCCCGCUCUGCAAGCAAGGGGGCCAAUGCCCCCCGGUCUAGUUCUGCUUCCCGGAACGGCGCGCCCCGCUAAAACGUCCCCAAACCAGGGCCCCGUGGGCGUACCCCGGGCAGAACAGGCGUUCCCGUUUGGUGCUUCGCUCGAGCACAAUACGGGGGCUCUUGGACCGGGCAAUUUUGGCCCCCCGGGGCAGAAACGGGUAGCGGUGGUUCAGCAAGGGCCGGCAAACGGGCCGAGUGUUGGGCGGCGGCUGACGGCCGGAAUCACCGCUCUGGGGGGGACCAGGCCCGGGAGCGCGAAGAGAGGAGGGAGCCCCCCGGGAGGGAAAAGGUAGUCAUUGAAAGCGCCUAGGGCGCAGCAUGCCAGCUAGCGUUUGCUAGGUAGCUUAAGGCAUGCAAUCAAAAGAGGUUCGACGCUGCUGGUCGCUGUUCGCGACCGUGUAUCCCAGUCAAGCUCUGUUAACGUCAAAGAAACGUUUUGAAGGGACAAAAAAUGUCCGGUCAUUGUUAUGGCACGAGCCCAAAGAAUCACUACUGAUCAGUGCGAU